AUGGAAAUACCCCUGAAUUCAUCCGUCGGGGCACAGGCCAGGGGCGAGGGGCAGGAGUGCCGAGCAGCUGACAUCAUCUCCACAGUAGAAUUCAACCACACUGGAGAAUUACUAGCAACAGGGGACAAGGGGGGCCGUGUUGUAAUAUUUCAGCGUGAGCAGGAGAGCAAGAACCAGCCCCAUCGCCGGGGGGAGUACAAUGUCUACAGCACCUUCCAGAGCCACGAGCCGGAGUUCGAUUACCUGAAGAGUCUGGAGAUAGAGGAGAAGAUCAACAAGAUCCGAUGGCUGCCGCAGCAGAACGCCGCCUAUUUCCUGCUCUCCACCAACGAUAAGACUGUGAAGCUGUGGAAGGUCAGCGAGCGGGACAAGAGGCCGGAGGGGUACAACCUCAAGGAUGAGGACGGCCGACUGCGAGACCCCUCCAUGAUCACCACGCUGCGG